UCUUAUCUGUGUCCCUGUACCUCGGACGCUCCUGCCUUGGUACAUUUAGCAAAACAAUAGUCGUGACUAGCUAGUUGGAUUUAACUGAAGUUUGAGCUUGCCGCGUGGUGGGAGCGUCGUCACGAUGCUCCUCGUCUUCCUGCUCGGCUACUUGACGCUAGCCUCCGGUCAGCAGCUGGACGAGGACUGGAUCGAUCCUUAUGACUUGCUCAACUACGACGCUACAACUAAAACCAUGAGGAAGCGCACCGAGCAGCCAGUAGGGGAUUUGAAUGUCCCAACCUCACCAAGAGGGGAGGUCGACUGUGGGCAAGCUGAGCUGACCGUCUGCAGCCAACAGUUGACUCAUUUACAAACGCAGGUCGAAGCCCAAAGGAAGAGUAUGAAGCAAACCUCACAGCAGCCCACAUGCAAUCCUGUGUUUAAAAGAUUCCUGAGCAGACUGCUGAAGGACAUACAAAGAGUUGAAAUGCCCAAAGACAGUGUCAACUAUGAUGCCACAAUCAGACUGUCCAGACAAGCGGUGGCAGAGAUUCAGACCUUUCUUGAUAGUGAAGACGGUUGUAGAACAGGUGCUUUGGACAACGCCAUCAGUCAGAUACUCGUGGACCUUCGACCACACGACUACGAGGCCUGGAGGUGGCGCUUUGAAGACACCUUUGGCAUGGAUCUGGACACAGUUUUGAAGUUGGCACUAUGUAUUCUGGUCUUCAUGGUCAUCAUCUGCACUCAGCUGUGGUCUUGCAUCUCCUGGUUUGUGCAGCUCAAAAGGUUCUUUACCAUCUGCUUCUUCGUCAGUAUUCUCUGGAACUGGUUGUAUCUGUACAAGAUUGCCUUCGCUGAGCAUCAAAGCAACAUUGUAAAGAUGGACCGCGUCAACGACAAAUGCACUGGGGUGAAGACGAUUGACUGGCGCGAUAGUUUGAAAGAGUGGUACAGAAGCACGUGGACUCUUCAGGACGACCCUUGCAAGAAAUACUAUGAGGUCCUCAUUGUUGACCCCAUUCUGCUAGUACCUCCCACUAAGGCACUCUCGGUUACAAUCACGACCCUCAUCACAGAGCCGCUGAAGCACGUCGGCCUGGGGAUCAGCGAGUUUCUCCGAGCGCUCCUCAAAGAUCUUCCCAUCACCCUGCAGAUCCCCGUUCUCCUCACUAUUGUGCUCGCCAUUGUGGUAUUCAUGUAUGGAAGUGUCCAGGCAGUUUUCCAGUACGGCAUCACUGCACCUCUGCGCAGCCAUAGGAGGGAUCCAACCCUUCCGCAACCGGAGCAGUCUCGUCUCCAAGAAAUUGAGGACCGUGGCUACAUGGAAGGAGAGGACACGCCGCAGCGUUGUCCACGGCGCAGUGCAGACGAGGCCCGAUUGCACAGGAAUCAGUUCUGCCGGACACGGCCCACCGAAGCCCGAGAAGGGCCAGACAGGAUGUUUGUGGAGACCUUGCGCACCACCUCUUCUUCCCACACCCGACACGAGUUAGACGGGAAACGGCGUGUCAGACACGUGGAGGCAGGUCAAGGGGACGGGACUGACCCUCGAGCGGACUCUGACUCUGACAGCCAUGCAGAGGAGCAGCAAAGAGGCCCGAGUGUUUUGGCGUCACAGCUUGACGCCAAAAGAAAGACAAAACCCACUGACUGCGGCGAGUCUCAUCCAAAAGACGACAACGCCAGAGAGACGACGCCAUCCUGGCUCCCACAGACUCAGACUAAAGAGAAUGUGAGGGACCUGAAGGCCUCAGCCGAAGACUCGACGCCCUCCGGCUCGCUGAUGGGCGUGGAAACGGUCGGCAGUCCUGUUCAGGAGACUUUACAGUCGGCCAUGUGAUGAAACAACACUCGGAGCUUGUGGCUUCACCGGUGGAGGUCACGGUGCCAAAGAUGUCAUCUCCGCACAGCCGGCGGCUGAAGAGCUCUUGCCCUAAAAAGAUGCACACUGUUCUACUAGUUGGUCUCUAAGCAGAGAUUUCAAUUCUCCAGUGUAAACAGUAUGAUCGUUGACGGCAGCUCGGUGACACUUACUGUAUGCACUUUAAAAACCUUAAGUGUGCUGAAGAAGUAAGAUGUGUCAGUGACUGAUCAUGUCCAGGAGCAAUUUUAAAGCGGGCUUUGAAUUGUGUUUUGUUACCACCGUUGGUGGCAAAAACUGAACUCAAACCUUUGUGAUAACUGGUGAUGAGUCUAAAAGUAAACUGUGGCCAUUGUUGUGUUCUUUUGCUCAAAUGCGGUGUUAUAAUUACACCAAAGGUAAUGGGCUGCAUAUCUUUCAAGAAGUUCAACUUUUGUCUCAUCAGUGCAUCGUAGUGGGGGCCGUGCAUUUGGUAUCUAGACACUUUCCUGACAUGACCCCCCUCUUAAUACAAGAAUUCCUCACACUAUCCACAAAGUCACACCCCACUUGCACUUCGCGCGUAUUUUUUGUGCUCUCUGUGUAAUGCUCUAAAAUGACAAGUGAAGGCGCCAAAAGCUAACUAAUAGGAAAGCUCUUUGUACGUCUGAGAAGGCGAAACAGGCAAUACAAAAUGAGUUGGCAAUGAUA